GCAGAAUCCGUUUAUGAUCUCCUCCCUAAGGAGCUGCAGCUGCCACCUUCCAGAGAACUCUCGGCAGCAUCCAUGAGUCAAACCAGUGGUGGCGAGGCGGGUUCGCCCCCCCCGGGUGUGGUUGCUGCUGAUGCUUCUUCAGCUCCCUCUUCCUCCGUGGGCGGUGCUUGCAGCUCCUUUACCACCUCUUCCAGCCCCACCAUUUACUCUACCUCAGUCACUGACAGCAAAGCUAUGCAAGUGGAGGGCUGCUCCUCAGCCAUGGGGGUAAGUAACCGUGGGGUAAGUGACAAGCAGUUAACCAAUAACACAGUCCAGCAGCAGCCACAGUCCACACCGAAGAGACACACAGUCCUGUACAUCUCGCCACCACCAGAGGAUUUGCUGGACAACAGCCGGAUGUCCUGCCAGGAUGAGGGGUGCGGAUUGGAAUCCGAGCAAAGCUGCAGUAUGUGGAUGGAAGAUUCCCCCUCUAACUUCAGUAACAUGAGCACCAGUUCCUACAAUGAUAACACUGAGGUGCCACGUAAAUCUCGUAAGCGAAAUCCAAAGCAGAGGCCGGGGAUCAAACCACGAGAUUGUGAAGAAUCGACCAUGGAUAUCUUUGAUGCUGACAGUGCCAAAGCGCCUCAUUAUGUCAUUUCUCAACUCAGCACGGACAGCAAAAGCAACUUGAAAGCAGGAAAUGGAACCUCGGAAGCCCCCAAAGCAACUGGAGGGAAGAAGAGCCCUAUGUUAUGUGGUCAGUACCUGAGCAAAAGUGAAGGCAAAGAGCUGAAGAUCCUGGUCCAGCCAGAGACUCAGCACAGAGCUCGCUACCUCACCGAGGGCAGCCGAGGCUCAGUGAAAGACCGAACCCAGCAGGGAUUCCCCACUGUGAAGCUGGAAGGUCACAACGAUCCUGUGACAUUACAGAUAUUCGUGGGUAAUGACUCUGGCCGGGUGAAGCCUCAUGGAUUCUAUCAGGCUUGCAGAGUUACAGGGCGAAAUACCACACCCUGCAAAGAGGUGGACAUAGAGGGGACGACUGUCAUUGAAGUGGGUCUGGAUCCAAGUAACAGCAUGACCCUGGCGGUGGACUGUGUUGGAAUUCUGAAGUUGAGGAAUGCAGACGUUGAAGCUCGAAUAGGCAUUGCUGGUUCCAAGAAAAAAAGCACUCGAGCCAGACUGGUUUUCCGUGUCAACAUCCCUCGGAAAGAUGGCUCCACUCUAACUCUGCAGACACCAUCCUCGCCCAUUCUGUGCACUCAACCUGCAGGCGUGCCAGAGAUCCUAAAGAAAAGCCUACAUAGUUGUUCAGUGAAGGGAGAAGAGGAGGUAUUUUUGAUUGGCAAGAAUUUUCUGAAAGGAACCAAAGUGAUCUUCCAAGAGAACGUAUCUGAUGAAAGCUCCUGGAAAGCCGAAGCAGAAAUCGACAUGGAGCUGUUUCAUCAGAAUCAUCUAAUUGUGAAGGUGCCACCUUAUCAUGACCAGCAAAUAACUACGCCUGUUUCUGUGGGGAUUUUUGUCGUGACCAAUGCUGGGAGAUCACAUGACAUACAACCAUUUACAUACACUCCGGAUGCAUCAGCUCAUACUUUGAAUGUGAAUGUGAAGCAGGAAAUAUCCAGUCCAACCCAGCCCUGCUCUUUUGAUGAUGGAGCCAAAGUGAACACCAGUGGCUGUAAGCUAGACCAAGUAAAUAUUCUCUCCAGUGCCUUGGUAACUCCUCUCAGGCCAAACAGUAUCAUUAAGAAUGAAGAGGCUGCUCCAAUGGAGCUUGUGGCUGAGAAAAGGUCUCUUCCUGCCUUUAAAACAACCAGCGUCAUUGGGCAAUCUCAAACAACUUUGGAGACCACCAUGUCCAACAUAUUGGGGAAUGGCACUUUCUCCUCUUCUGCUUCUCAUUUAGCUUCAGAGAGUGACAAACCACCACUGCAGCCCAAGUAUACUCCUGAGACGAUGCCUGCCCUCCAGACCCAGGACAUUGUGCAGUCUGGCAGCUUUCCAGCCACCUCCGCUCCUAGCCAGCUGCAGAGCAGCGACACCUUAUUGCAGCAGGCCUCCCAGUUUCCCUUGAGGGAGCCUUCCUCCAGAGAGGCUUUGCAGUCGGACAGCACGGCCAUGGCUUUGUCUCAGUUGACAGAGGCAUCCCAACAGCCGCCUCCCCUUCAGGAGUCAAGCCAGGCAUUACAGCAGCAGAUCUCCUCUGGCAUGUUCUCCUCAGCCGGUGGAGUGAGCCAGCUUCAGAACACAAUCCAGCAGCUACAGGCAGGGAGCUUUCAGUCUAGCACGGGUGGCGGCGGCGGCAGCAACAGCAACAGAAAUGUUGAUUUGGUACAGCAAGUCCUGGAGGCUCAGCAGCAGUUGUCGUCUGUCCUGUUUUCAGGGUCUGAUAGUGAGGAUGUUCAAGAGCAGCUCAACGUAGAAAUUUUCCAGCAGGUUAGCCAAAUCCAAAAUGGAGUCAGCCAGGGGAUGUUUUCCUCCUCUGACCAGGUUCACUCAAGGGCAGAAGACCUUCUCUCUAGCAGAACUGAGAACAUUCACCCACAGCCAGAGACUUCUUUGACUGGCCAGCAGCCGCAAGCGAUGGAGACUUCUGCUGCGAUGGUGAUCGAAAUGCAGCAAGGCCUUUGCCAGGCCCCAAGCCGAAUGCAGUCUGAUUUGUUCUCCUCCUCCUCGGGAAAUGGAAACAUCCAGCAGUCCCCAGUGUACCAGCAAUCUUCCCACAUGAUGAGUGGGCUGUCGGCAAAUGAAGACAUGCAAAUGCAGUGUGAGUUGUUCUCUUCCACCAGUGUUUCAAGCAGCGAAGCAGCUACUCCUGUGCAGCAGCAGCAGCCACCGCCACCGCAGCAGCAGCAGCAGCAGCAGCAGGUGCCCACCAGUGGCCCUGCCAUGUUCUCAGCUUCAGGCUCUGCUGAAGGUGAUGAAGCUUCAGGACAGGCCAAACAGAUGCAGAGCAACGUCUUUCAGGCUAUGGUCCAGAUGCAGCACAGUGGGGAAAGUCAGGCACAGGUUACCCUCUUUUCUUCCUCUGAGGACAUUAUGGCUGCCGUUCAAGGCACUGGAGCACAGCAGCAGGGCGGGGGGCUCUUUCAGCAGAGCGGAGAGAUGAUCUCUCUUCAGUCUGGCAGCUUCUUGCCCCAGGCUCCCCACUCACAGCCUCAGCUGUUCCACUCUCAGAGCCCCAUUGGGGACACCCAGAGCAUCUCGCAGGAGACAUCAAAUUCUCUUUUCCACAGCCAGAAUGCUGCCUCUUCUUCUGAACAGCUGCAGCAGCCUUUGUUUCACUCCCAGGGUAGCCUAGGAGUUGUUCCGGACCAGCCGACGGGCAGCCUGUUUCUCUCCCAGAAUCCAAUGAGCUCCUCAGUCACGCAAGAGGAGCAGAUGCCGUUCUUUGCCGCCCAGAGUUCUCUUUCUCCCUUGCAAGCCCCCGCCAGGACUGAGCAGCAAUCCUCCUUCCAGCAGCCCCACCUCCAGGGCCCUCUACUCACCCAGGAGCAGUCCCAGUCAGCACAUCAGGGCCUGUUCCAGGCACAGGUAACUCUAGGCCCCCUCCCUCCUUCUGGGGUGCCCUCCAGCCAGCAGGGGGGCAUUUUCCAAGCUCAGCAUUCACUUGUGGCUCUUCAGAAUAGUGCCUCUACCCAAGAGCAGCAGCAGCAGCAGCAAAAUAUGCGGUUCAGCAGUCAGAACAGCAUGGGCCCUGUGACCACUCAGAAACAAACCAUGAUGUUCAGUUCCAGUCCCAGCUCGAUGGCCAGCCAGGAGCAGCAGCAGAGCCAGCCUCUCUUCCACCCCCAGAGUGGCCUAGCACCAAGGAGUCAAGAGCAGCAGCCCAUGCAGUUCCAGAGCCAGAGUUCAGGCUCUGCCCAGGCAGAGCCGCCACAGCCGCCGCCAAGCUUAUUCCAUGGCUCCCCCCAGAUGCAGCUGGUGCAAGGAUCUCCCAGCCCUCAGGAGCAGCCGGUCACCCUCUUCCUAUCACCGGCUUCCAUGUCUGCCUUGCAGAACAGCAUGAGCCAGCAAGAGUUGCAGCCGCCCCCUCUCUACUCUUCACAAAACAGCCUGCCAAGUAUCCAGGACACUUCGUCGCCCCCCCAGCAGCAGCAGGCAACCACUUUAUUUCAUAAUGCACCUGCUGGCAGUUCCAUCAACCAGCUGCAGAACUCCUCAGCUUCAUCCCAGCAGACCUCCGGGAUAUUCCUCUUCGGCAUCCAAGACAGUUGUGGCCAGCUGUUAACAUCUGGACCAGAUUCCGUGUCAGAGCAGAUGAUGACCCUCAGCCAGCCACAGAAUGAGGCACAGCCAUCCGUCACAGCUCUCCUGUCCCAGCAAAUGUCAGAGAGUCCUCAGAUUUCUCCUUCAAUGACCACCAAUCAGAAUAUGAAGAAGAUUGAUGACUUGCUGGUAUCCCUGCAAAACCAGGGGAACAAUACCAUGGCUGGCUCCUUUUAACAAGUGAGAAAUCCUGCACUGGACAAGCCAAUUUGCAAGAUUCCUUUAGCUCUUGUGAUUCUGGAGUUUAGCGAAGUAGCGUUAACUGCCCUCUGUUAAAAAAUGGCCUGGGCCUGCGGGGAAGCGUGAUCUUCGUCCUUGCUUUGGAAGAACACCACUUUGGAAGUGCUGCUGAGCAAGAGCUUUGGAGAAGGGGUGGAAAAGCCAUGCUCUGUGUUACCCAGGCACGGGUUAGACUGUUAUCCCCAUCCCCAGUCCUGCGGGGGGACGUAGAGCGUGGCUGCUCCUGUGUCAGUGCAAGGCAAGAACACUGGGCUCUCUCUUUCCCUCUCCCCUUCUUUUUCUGGUCUUCACAAUCCUUGGGGGCCCUUGUGAAACACACAGGCAUUUCCUCUGUCCUCAAUAAUUUCUG